UUUAAUGAAGGGGUUAACUCCGAUCCAAAAGCGCUUUUGUGGGCUGAGGGCUUAGGCAGGUGCAUCACUGCUUGAGGAUAAGGGAAGAGGGGGUACAGGCUUUUGAUAGGGACAGAGACAAAAAAACCAGCUGCAGGUGGAGCUUAAUUAAAAUGCCCCCCCCCCCCCGCCGCCCCUCCCCUCGGCUGCUCGACGAGACCCAAGUGCACAAAACACGGAUUUCGGGGCCGCCCAAGGAUAAGCGGCCCCAGAGCUGGAGAGAAGUGCCGGUCAGCCUGCAGGAUGCUGCCGCCCCUCUUCCUGCUCCUACUCCUGCUCUCGGGGGCCACCGCGGCCCUGUCCCUGGAGGGUGGCCUCGCCGGACACGACAGCUGGCAUCUGCAGGAAGUGAUAGAAAUGAAGAAGAACAGCCUCUUGACUUUCCUGGCUGGGCGGUACCAGUGGGCCUCUCAGGUGGGCGCAGCCCCCUUCACAGGAGGGGCAGCUGGGGAGGUGGCCAAGCGGCAGGAUGUCCCGCCCCCUCAGCGGUCCCUGCGGGAGAAGGCACCUUGCAAGGAUUUCUUCUGGAAGACCUUCUCCUCCUGCAAAUAAAACUCUACCCCUGAUCACUCAUGCAAAGGAGUGUGACCAUGGAUCUGAAUAAAAUGUAUUAACAGCCGUGAUCUUUCUUCUUCACACAGUUGUCUUCUUCUUCCUGUGUAAUUUGGAACGUUUUAUUUGUUUAUAUUUUAAAAUAUUUUAUUUUUAGUAAUCUCCACACCCAACGUGGGGCUUGAACUCACAACCCCAAGAUCAAGAGUCCCGUGCUCCACUGACUGAGUCAGCCAGGCGCUCCCCAAAGUGAACAUUUUUGAAAAAGAUUUUUACGUUUUCUGCUGUAGUGUACCCAUUGGGCUUUCUUUUCACUUUAGUUAUGUGCUUGGAAGUUCUGCCCUUGUCUCCUUUCCUUUGAUUUAAAAAACAGUUAAAGGCGACAUAUUUAAGAACCCAGAAUAACAUCUUCUUUGUUUGUUUUCAUAGAAAUUGUCUAACUUAAAAAAUAUCUCCCUCGUAUU